CCCGGACCCUGCAUUCACUAUAUCUGGUCUCCCUGGACCCUGCAUUCACUAUAUCUGGUCUCCCCGGACCCUGCAUUCACUAUAUCCGGUCUCCCCGGACCCUGCAUUCACUAUAUCUGGUCUCCCUGGACCCUGCAUUCACUAUAUCUGGUCUCCCACAGAUGCAGAACCCCUGACCUCUGUCUGGACAGUGCUGAUUGGCCCGGUGCUAAUCACAUGCACUUUCCCAAGAAAAAAAAAACCUCUCUAGCAAUACACACAGAUAUAUACAUA